AUGUCUUAUGCAGAAUUCUACGUCAAAUAUGCAGCUCAAACAGCCGGAAGAGAUAAACUUUGCAGAGUCGUCCAAUAUGGCUCUAAAAUAGCCGCUUGGCUAUUGGAAGGAAAUCCUAAUAACGCCAAGAUGAUUGAAGUCAUCAAUACAUUAUCUACAAGUUUAGCUAUGGCAAGGAAAGUUUUUCGCAUUGGUAAACCCAUCGAUGAGGUCCUGAAUGCCUGGAAAUGUUCAGGUUUAGGCGAUCUUCUAUACAAGCUGACCCUAACCGUCUCUCAUGUCUGCCGGGCCCUAUAUCUCUUCCAUGAUCACCUGGUCUGGCUGGCUCAUGUUGGUGUAGGAUCUUUAGAUAAGAAAAAAAUUACACUGCUGGCAUCUCGUUUUUGGCUGGCUGCGUUGAUUACAGCUUUAUUGCGGGAUAUCUACGAAAUGAUAACGUUAUUCUUCAACCCUAUAAAAUCACGCAAUACGAGUGGUGAUACUGUUAAAACUAUUGGUUUUAUACCUACUUUGUUUGGCCGUCGAAAAGAUUUAUUGCUCGAUUUUAUCAAGAAUGAAUGUGAUCUUUGGAUUCCUAUGACUCGUUUAGGUUAUUCCAAUUUUUCUUCCGGUAUGAUUGGUGUCUUUGGAGUCAUAUCUUCCUUAAUCGGAAUACUCGUACAGAUAAAUAAGGACAUUAAAUUGAGCCCUUCCUAA